UCUGUCUCUCCGGUGGUGCAUUUAUGUGUUUGUGUUGGAUUAGCCGCGCAAAGGAAACGUUUCAGAGACUUAGAGGAUUCCUAAGAGCAGAGCAGUUGAGAAGAGAGGAGUGAUGGAAGAGAGGAGUGACUGAAGGAAGUGCAUGGGACAUCUCAGCUGUGUUCUUCUGGGAGUCUGCGACAGGCAGGCAGGCAUAAGGACAGACAGACAGACUCUCUCUCCCCAGGCAACCCAUCUCCCUUGUGAAGGGGAGGGGUGUUUGGGUCUGUUGUCAGGCUGCCUGCCAUCACUUCCUCUCCGCCCCCUUGGAGAAGAACUAUGGCUGCCUCUCAGUGGAAUAACAGAGCUCUAGAUCAAGUUAAGUUCACUAGCGGAAUCCCGGCGUGAAAACUACAGUUAGAAGGAACUAAACACAGUUUAUAGAAAGGGAAUGCAUGUCUGACGGUCAUGGGCAAUGUGUGUGGCUGUGUGAGGGGCCCCAAGGAGGAAUGUUAUGUGGACCACACCAAAGCUCCACUCAGCCCCGAGUCCAAAGAGCUCCGCGGCCGGCGCUACUUUCAGAGGAAGAAGAAGAGGAAAUUGGGGGAAUUUCAGCGGCCGGAAUCCCUCCAGAGCAGAGGGGGAGAGAGCGUCCAGAGUAAGGAGGAUAUCCCCAGGAGGGUAGAGCUCCAGCAUGAAGCAGACAUGGGCAUCAGGGAGAGCCAGGUUGGGAUGGAGGGAGCACCGGAAGGGGAGACACCCAGACCCAGGCUGGGAAGUAUCAACAAAGGGCUGUAUGUUGGGGAGGUCCCCAAAGUUCCUCUUGGGAAUAAGUUAGCAUCACAAUCGGGACAAAUUUCAGCACACCAGACAGACCGAGAGGCAAUUCUCCAUGGCAUCACCAAGACCUCCAGGAGUAUCGCUCCUAAGGACGGCCUGCUGGAAAAGAAGCUGUCACAUAAGCAGCUGACGCGGGCAGUGACAUUCGGUGCCAUGGAGCAUAUGCUCCGAACCCUGAGAGGAGACAAUGACAGAUCAGAGAACCUAGAACAGCUCCCUGAAAUCAUAUGGAGCACUCAAGUUCACAAGAGGAGGAGGGUCCACACCUGCUCUGGAAGAGGGUCCCUCUCUCCAGAUUAUCUGGAGUCUCUCCAAGUGUCUGCCAAGUGUACAUCCGCCCAACAAGAGAUCUCGGAGAUCCAUGUUUGCGGGGAGUCGGAGGACAUGACAGCCAAGGAGCGUCUGCUGAUGUGGUCCCAGCAGAUGACCGAGGGCUACGUGGGCGUACGCUGUGACAACUUCACCUCCUCCUGGAGGGACGGGAGGCUUUUCAACGCCAUCAUUCACAAAUACAGGCCUGACCUGGUGGAUAUGGCCAGAGUGUCGGGCCAGACUAGCCGGUCAAACUUAGAGCAGGCCUUUAGUGUGGCUGAACGGCUUGGGGUGGCCAGACUACUGGACCCUGAGGACGUGGAUGUGCAGACUCCUGAUGAGAAGUCAGUCAUCACGUAUGUCUCCACUCUGUAUGAUGUCUUCCCUAAAGUACCUGAUGGUGUUGACGGUAUCAAUGCAAAUGAUGUUGAUAUCAAAUGGGUAGAGUACCAGAACAUGGUGAAUUACCUGAGCCAGUGGCUCAAACACAAUGUGGCAGUGAUGUCAGACAGAGCGUUCCCUAACAACCCAGUGGAACUCAAGGCACUUUAUACACAGUACUUGCAGUUUAAAGAGAAUGAAAUCCCACUGAAAGAAACCGAGAAGAGCAAAAUCAAGCAUCUGUACAAAAUGCUUGAGGUGUGGAUCGAGUUUGGUCGUAUCCAGCUUCCUCAGGGAUAUCACCCCAACGAUGUGGAGAAGGAAUGGGGCAAGCUGAUCGUGGCCAUGCUGGAGAGAGAGAAGAGCCUGAGACCUGAGGUGGAUAGGCUUGAAAUGUUGCAGCAGAUUGCCACCAGGGUCCAGCGGGACUGUGUCAAUGGAGAGGACAAACUAGCAUUAGCAAGAGCAGCUCUGCAAUCUGAUGCUAAGAGGCUAGAGUCUGGGGUCCAGUUCCAGAAUGAGGCAGAGACCGCUGGGCACCUUCUGGAAUGUGAAAACCUGCUGAGACAGCAGGUGGUAGAUAUCCAGAUUCUACUGGAUGGGAAGUACUACUACUCCGAUCAGCUUGUUCAAAGGGUAUCCAGGCUCCGUGACGACCUGCUGGGCCUGAGGGCAGAGUGUUCCUCUGUGUACAGACAAGGACGCACCCUAACUGCCCAACAGACCACGAUGAUGAUCUCUGGCAUCACUCAGAGUCUCAACUCAGGCUUCACCUCCUCCAACCUCAACUCCAGCCUCACCCCUGGAGGCCUGGAAACCCCCGGUUCCACCUUCACCUCCAUCCUUACCCCGGGCCUCACCCCUGCCCUGAGCCCCGCCAUGACCCCCGGCGGCAUGCAGCCCAGCUCGGUGCAAGCCUACAUGGGGGGCGGAGGAGUGGGUAUGGCCCCGGGAGACCUCCAGCACCUCAAACAAAUGCAGAUCCGCAAGCCCCUGUGCAAGUCCUUGCUAGUGGACCCCAACAUGACCGAGGAUGAGGUCAACAUAAACUUUGUGCAGGACCUGAUCAACUGGGUGGAGGAGAUGCAGGUGCAAUUGGAUCGUGGAGAUUGGGGAUCUGAUUUGCCAAGUGUGGAAACACAUUUAGAGAACCACAAAGGGGUUCACAGAGCCAUCGAAGAAUUUCAAAUGAGCCUUAAAGAAGCCAAACUUAGUGAGAUUCAGAUGACCCAAAAACUAAGUUAUUCUGAGAAACUAGGAAAAUUGGAAACCCAGUAUGGGAAGUUACUGAACUGUUCGCGGGAGCGUCAGAAGAACCUGGAGAGCCUCCAUGACUUUGUUUCGCGGGCCACCAUGGAACUCAUCUGGCUCAAUGAGAAAGAGGAGGAGGAGGUCGCUUUCGACUGGAGCGAUCUCAACGGCAACAUCUCUAAGAAGAGACAGUACCACUCUGAUCUGAUGAGAGAGUUGGAUGAAAAGGAGGAGGUGAUCAAGUCUGUACAGGACAGGGCAGAGAACCUUCUGCAGGAGAACCACCCUGCUAGGUUAACUAUUGAAGCAUACAAAGCAGCCAUGCAGACCCAGUGGAGUUGGAUCCUACAGCUAUGCUCUUGUGUGGAGCAGCACCUCAAAGACAACACAGUCUAUUUUGAGUUUUUCAAUAAUGCCAAAGAGUCCACGGAUUACCUGAAGAGCUUGCAAGGUGACAUCCAAAGAAAGUAUUGCUGUGAUCGGACAAGCAGUGUACACAAGCUGGAAGAUCACAUCCAGGAGUCCAUGGAUGAGAAGGAGCAGCUCCUCCAGUACCGCAGCACAGUGGCUGGGUUGGUGGGCAAGGCCAAGGCCAUCGUCCAGCUCAAGCCUAGGAACCCAGAUACCCCUGUCAGAUCCUCCAUACCCAUCAAAGCCAUCUGUGACUACCGACAAAUAGAGAUCACCAUCUAUAAGGAUGAUGAGUGUGUCCUGGCCAGUAACUCUCACCGGGCCAAGUGGAAGGUGAUCAGUCCAUCUGGGAACGAGGCUAUGGUUCCCUCUGUCUGCUUCACUGUGCCUCCACCCAACAAGGAGGCUGUGGACCAGGCCAGCAGAAUUGAGCAGCUGUACCAGAAUGUCCUGGCUCUGUGGCACCACUCCCACAUAAAAAUGAAGAGCGUGGUCUCCUGGCACUACCUGAUGGCGGACGUCAGAGCCAUCCGCGACUGGAACGUGUCCUCAAUUAAGACCAUGUUGCCAGGCGAACACCAGCAGGUCCUUAGCAACCUGCAGUCCCACUUUGAGGACUUCCUGGAGGACAGCAAGGAGUCGGAGGUGUUCACUGUGGCAGACUGUUCCCAGCUAGAAAGGGAGGUGCUGGCCUGCAAGGACUACUACGAGGAGCUGCUCAAGUCUGCAGAGAGAGAGGAACACGAGGAGUCUGUGUACAACCUGUAUAUCUCUGAGGUGCGUAACUUCCGCAUGCGUCUGGAGGCUCAGGAGGAGCACCUGAUCCGACAGAUCCGCACCCCACUGGACAGAGACGACCUGGAGCAGAGUGUCCUGCGCAUCACAGAGCAAGAGAAGAAGAAGGCAGAGCUGGAUCAGCUGAAGGACGAUCUGGAGACCAUGAAGGAGAAGUGUGAGACGUUCUUCAGACAGGCCGGGGCCUCUCCCGCUGUCCCCACCCUCUCCUCUGACCUCAAUGUCCUCAUCCAGAGCAUGAGCCAAGUCUACUCCAUGUCCGCCAUCUACCUAGAGAAGCUGAAGACAGUGAGCUUGGUGGUGAGGCACAGCCAAAGUGCGGAGGCUUUAGUGAAGCUCUAUGAGGCCAAACUCUCUGAGGAAGACGCCGUGAACUCUGACCUGAAAUCCAUCGACACAGUCGUCAGCACACUCAAGCAAUGGCGCUCAGAGAUCGACGACCAGAGGGAGAUCUUCCAUGACCUGGAGGAUGGGCUACAGAAGGCCCGUGGUAUCAGUGAACGCAUGUUCAAGGCUCACAACGAGCGGGACUUUGACCUGGACUGGCACAAGGAGAAGGCUGACCAGCUAGAAGAAAGGUGGAACAACGUCCACUCCCAGAUUGAGAGCAGACUUCGGGACCUGGAGGGCAUCAGUAAAUCACUGAAGUACUACAAAGACUCCUAUGGCAGUCUGGAUGAGUGGGUCAGAGAGAUGGAGGCUGCUCAGCUCAAGACCCAAGAGAAGCAGCCAGAGGACAGCAAAGCGCUCGCUGAGCUGGUAAACCAACAGAAGGUCCUCGUUGCAGAAAUGGAACAAAAGCAGAGCAGAAUUGAUGAAUGUCAAAAGUACUCAGAGCAGUACUCAUCUAGUGCUAAAGAUUAUGAGCUACAGCUGUUGACCUACAGAGCCAUGGUUGACUCCCAGCACAAGUCCCCGCUCAAGAGACGGAGGAUGCAGAACUCGGCUGAUGCCAUCGUUCAGGAGUUCAUGGACCUCCGAACUCGCUACACGGCCGUAGUCACCUCCAUGACACAGUAUGUAAAGUUUGCCAGUGAGACAUUGAAGAGAGCAGAAGGCGAAGAGAACAGGAAAGCAUCAGAAAGAACAGAGUACCUCACCUGGACAGAGAGCUUGGAGCUCCAAAAGGCAGCAGGGGAGGAGGUGAUUGGACAGCUCCAGCAGCAGCGAUCUGUUGAUGAGGAGAAGAAAGAGCAUGGUGAUAAAGUAAGCAAGCUAUUGAGUUGGAUGUCCAGUGUGAAACCGGGCCAGAACAAAGAUGGUAAAGACAGCACAGAGGCCUCUAGUAAGCCUCAGGUUUCAAUGGAAGAGAUGGCAACAAAAAAAGAGAAAAUUGCAGAAGCACUGAGGACUACACAGCUUAUGCUAAGUAAACACAGUGAUAAGAUGACCGAGGAAGAGAAGCAGGAAGCAAAGGAACAGCUGAAAUCCCUCCAUCAAGCCUACAGUGAUCUCGCCCAGCAGUGUUCUGAUCAGACACCAUCUGCCGAGCAGGAGUUUCAGACCAUUGAAGGCGUUCUCGAAGUGGGAAGUAUAGAGGUCUACUCUGUGUUUAGCUCUGUCCAGAGCGGCAUGAUCGACCAUACCACAGGGCUCAGCCUCCUGGAGGCUCAGCUCAUCACCUCUGGCCUCGUUCUGCCUCAGUUCAGGAUGUGUCUGGAGUUGGACGAAGCUUUCCAUCACAACCUCAUUGACGAGGCCACCUCGAAGCAGCUCAGAGAGCUCAACGAAGCCAACCGGAGCAUCCUGAGCCCUCCGUUCUCUUCAGAACCUCUCCCUGUGAUGGCAGCACUUAGAGAGGGGGCCGUCUCUGAGCGCCUCGCCAUGAAGGUUAUAGAGAUCCAGCUGGCUACAGGUGGGUUGAGGGUGUCCUACACAGGUGAUAUACUGACCCUGGAGAGGGCCUUUCAGUUUGGCCUGAUCCCUGCACCUCUGUAUGUCAAGCUCCUGGAGAGACAGAACACAUGGAAGGACCUGAUCAACCCCGGCACGGCAGAGAAGGUCUCGCUUACCCAGCUGGUGCAGAGGAGCGUGGUUGAUGAGGAGACUGGACUGCGACUGCUGCCGGUGAAGAAGAGCCACAAUGGGAGCAUAGAGUUGACAUCCGGAAGAGAGAUUAGUGUACUUAGGGCGGUUCAUGAGGGGUUGAUUGACAGAGAGACCACGUUGAGGCUGCUGGGUGCUCAGCUGUUUGCAGGCGGUAUCGCCGACCCCAAAACAGGCUGUAAGCUCACCGUAGAGCAAGCCCUGUCAGAGGGCUUGAUCGAUCAAGACACUGCCAGUGGGAUACUGAGCCAACAGGCACAAAAUGGAGGCAUAGUGAACCCUCAGAAUGGCAAAAGGCUAACGUUGGAUGAGGCUGUUCAGUGUGAUUUGAUGAGCUUUAGCAGUGCACUCUUGGUGCUGGAGAAACAGAAGGGGCUCAUGGGACUUUUAUGGCCUCACUCUGGUGAAAUCUUGACCGUUUCCACCUCUCUGCGACACAAAAUCAUCACCAGUCAGCUCGCAUUCAAACUGCUCAGCAAUAGACAGAAUAUUGCGUCCCUUUACAUACCAGAAUACUCAGAGGUAGUGGAUAUUAACUCUGCUACUCAAAAUGGUUUCAUUGAUGUACACACAGCAGAGGUAUUGAAAACCAUUGAAAUACCAGAUGUUUUUCCUGAUGUUGAUGACCUUAAUGACAGAUUUUCUAACUGGCUGAUGUUGAGAGAGCUUCAGAUUGGAGGAUCCCAUCGCACUACAGAUGAUAAUGAGAUUGAUUAUGAGAACAUAAAUACCCCAUCUCCCAUCGAGGCAAAACAGUUAUUUAUCUCAUACCUCACAAUGAAUAGUUACAUGGAUCCAAAAUCAGGACAAAGGCUUUUAAUAUUCGAUGGACAGUUGACUAAAAUGGCAGAACUUUUAGUUGACAUUUCAGUAGAGACAACUGAAAACCAGGUAUACAGCACUGGACCUGGUAAUGCCACUUUUGAGGACAUGUCAUUGAAAGAAGACAUUUCUGAAGAUUCAGAGAUGUCCUUUGAUAGCAAUACUGAGGAUUUUGGAUAUUUGCACAUUAACGAGGAAACAGAUGGAACAAUGAAAGACCAUCAUGCUUCAAAUUUCUUCAAGGAGGAGGAGUCAGAUUAUAAGCAAUCUGACAGUAAAGCAUUUUCUAAUAAUGUGGUAAAGGUGGUAGCACACGAUGGAACAGAGGAUUCUCCUUCAGCUAUUGACUGUGUAAACAAUACCACACAGCCUGAUUCUGACAUUAGCAUCUAUCAAAGGAACACAAGCAGUAUAAGUCUAGCAUCCAUUGGAAUUGAUCAAGAAUCCUCAGAUAAUCAAUCAAAAGAGACUUUCACUGGAAGUUCAGCCACACAAACUCCUUCCACAGACAUGAGCUUGCCCUCAGGUGCACAGGAUUGCAAAAUGAUGAUAGCACACAAUUUCACAGAGAAGUUAUCUAGCUCUGUUAAGAGUACCAGACUGCAUGAUUCUGUUUUGUCUGAUGGCACAUCACCCUUUGAAAUUGGUUUAGAAACCUCAGAUAAAGCGUUAUAUAAUCAACCAAUAGGAGAAUCAGCCACACACGCCAUGUCAGAAAGCUCAACCCGUACUAAAUCAUGCUCAGUGAGUGGCAAAGACAUUAGCUUGCUAGCACAACGCGUCACAGAUGAAGCAUCUGUAGCUGUUCAUUCUGAAAAGAAUGCCGGACAACCUAAAGACAAUGUUUUGUCUAAUAGCAUCUAUCAAAAGACCAGACACGGUACAAGCCCAUCAUCAUUUGAAAUUGGUGUAGAAACUUCAGAAAUACCUUCAGAUUAUCAACCACAAGAGACUGUCAAUGGAGUUUCAGCUUCAGAAACUGUUUUGGAAAGCUCAGCUCCUCCUAGAUUGUGCUUAGUGAAUGACACAGACAUGCGUCUGUCAUCAUGUGCCAAGGAUUCUAAAAAGGUGGUGGCAAAAGGCCUCACAGAGGAAGCAUCUGUAGAGGUUAGCUCUUUUAAAAAUACCAGUACGAGCCCAGCGCUAACUGAAAUUGGUUUAGUCACCUCUGAAACUUAUUCAGAUAAUCAACCAAAAGAUACAGCCAAUGGAGGUUCAGCCACACAAACCAUUGUGGAAAGCUCAACUCCUAGAUUCUGCUCAAUUGAUUCUGAAAAGACUAUCCAGCAGUCUGAUUCUGAAGCAAAUGUUUCAAAGAAGAAGAAGAUAAACAACACAAGUAUAGUACCCUUUGAAAUUGAUGUAGAAACCUCACAUAUAAAUUCAGAUAAUCAACAACAAGAGGCUCUCACUUUCAAUGAAGGGUCAGCCACACAAAUCAUUUUGGAAAGGUCAACCCACCCACUAUUGUGCUCAGUGAAUGACACAGACAGGAGUUUCCCCUCAGCUGCACCAGAUUCCAAAAGGAUGCCAGCACAAAAGGAAUAUUCUAGCUCUGAAAACAAUGCGCAACAUUCCAAAAUGGAGGUAGCACACGGUUUCACAGACAAAUCAUCCAUAUCUAUUGACUCUGAAAAAAAUAUCAGGCAGCCUUCCUUUGAAAUGGGUGUUGUGUCUGACAGAAUCUAUCAAACCAACACAAUGAACACAAGCCCAACACCAUUUAAAAUGGAUUCAGAAACAGAUAUUGCUUCAGAUAAUCAACCUAAAGGGACUUUCAAUGGACGUUCAGCCACACAAACAGUACUGAAAAGCUUUACUUUGUGCUCAGGGAAAGACACAGGCCUGCCCUUGGCCUCAGUUGCACAAGGUUCCCCACAACGUCCCACAUAUCCAGUGACACCUGGCUGUGAGACAGACAAGGACACCAACUUUGAGACAUCGCUAUUAGCCACUGCAUUGACAGACACCCUUGACACGACCACAGCGUUUCCAUGCACUGAAGAAGUAGUGUGGGACAAUGACGAUGAGAGAGGACUUGCGACCCACCUUCUCAGACCCCAAGUUGAAGAGGGUGGCAUUUUGUAUAUCAUUUCUGAGAAAUGCUGUGACCUUGAUGCACCUUUUGAUAAGGGCCUUGUGGAUGAGGAGACUGUGUUAGAGGUGUCAGCAUUGCAGCUCCACAAGGGAGAUGUCUUAGAGGAAGAGAGAAGCACAGUGGCAACCCUGAAAGAAGCUGUGUCUAAUGGCUCCAUAUCCUCCCAGAUAGCCCUGCAGAUCAUGGAACAGCACAGCCUGUUGGGUGGUGUACAUGACCCCAAGUCUGGAUGUACUAUUAGUGUGAGUGAAGCACUGGAUUCAGCGAAGAUUGAUGAUGAUUUGGCUGAAAAGUUCCUUCACAAAGACCCAGUACACAAAGCAAUCAUCCACCCUGAUAGACACUGUACUCACAGCAUUUCAUAUUCCCAGAGUCUGGGCCUCAUAGACAACGACGAGGCUGAGAAUAUACGGGAGCAUCAAACAGAAAAAAAGCUGUCGGUUUUGGUUCUUGAUGACUCUGAUGAGGAAGAAUGGGUAGAGAAAAGGGAUGGACAUGCAUGGGAAGAUUUGUAUGCAGAAGGAAGCAAAGAACAGAACUGCGAUUCACAGAAGGCCUUACUACCUUCGUUCACCGUUAGUCAUGGGCCUGUAUGUAGACAGAUCAUAUCACCUAUCCUGUCAGAUCAGGUAAUAGAGGGACGUGUCAUCCAUGAACUUGAAACAACAUCUUCAUUAAGGGAAGAUAGUGCCUCACAUGCCCCCACUAGUCCACUGUCAGACAUGGUCCCUGGGUCUAGAAAUUCCAUCCAAAAUGACAUUUCAUCAAACAGAUCAAGCUCUCUCAGUUUGAGCGAUAGUGGAGAUAGUGGAGCACCUCAGCGCCAGGCUGAGGAAUUGACACAGACAGAGGAAGACGGUAGCAGUUCUCUGAGGAGAGACACUGAUCUGUCCUGCGAGGCGGUUGGCUUCACUCCGGGUGAUGGGCAGCUGGGAGCAGGAUACCGUGAGAUAGUGGGGGACCAGACUGUUUGUCCUGUUCAGAGUGACUCAGGCGUGUCCUGCUCAUCACAUAGUGAUCUGUUGUCUGAUGAAAGGAAAAUGGAGAACACUGUUCAGCCGCCAGCCAGCCAGCUAGUCAAGGAGUCAGACCGGAGAAUAGAUAGCUCAUCACCAAGAGAUUUGUCUGGCGAUGUAACAAGCACAGUGUCUGGAGAUGUGGGUGUCAGUGGGGAUAAAACUGUUGGUGAUGGAGUUUCAUCGUUUAACACUGUGUCACCUCAGCGACCUCUAGUGAAGUCAGAGAGGGAUGUUGGUGGUGAAAUCGAGCCCACAUCCUCUCAAAACGGGCACAGUCAUAGUAACCCCACCGUUCAGAAAAAGACUCCAGUGCAGUUGACUAACUUAUCUGAUUUAGCUAUUGUAUCCAGUGUACAUAGCAUAAAAUCAGGCAGUGACAAUAAAGACAGCUACGAUAUAGGUGAUCAAGAGCAGUUACAAACUGCUCCCAUUAAAGAGAUAUCUAGCACAAUCACCCCUGAUACGACACUGACUGAUAAACACCUGCCAAAUUCAAAUGCUAAUGUUGAAGCUAAAGCUAAUGACAGGGUUGAAUCAAGCAGGAGUGGUGACAGCAAACCAGGGAGACAAGAAGGCUCAUCUGAUGAUGGUCUCUCACAGAUUACUGAUCAAGCGACAUCACAGACAGGACAGACAAGUAGCAACGAUACAAGUUCGUUGUCAGUAUCAAAAAUGACCCCAGGCAAUCCAUUAAAGGCAAAAGAGCCAGGUAUGAGAUCAGAUGUUAAACAAGAUAAAUGUGGUUCUGUUGAGAAUCAUCCCCAGCCGAUGGCCGUUAAUGCUCAACCAGACUCUCACUCCAAUACACCCUCAACAUCAGAAAUUACCUCAGGGCAUCUGGUAAAGCCUGGCCUCGGAUCAGAUCUUACAUGUAGGCAGAAUCAAUGUGGUGCUGAUGAGAAUCAUCCCCAUCUGAUGACUGUUGAUGUUCCACCAGACUCCAUGACACAUGAUAGUGUCCCACCACCUGCGUUGGCGAUCUAUACUGCUCUAAGGUCUGGUUUAGAUGAGCUGGUGAGAAUGAGAGUGGAGGGAGCAGAUGUCGAUGACUUGCAAAAGGCUGAGACCCAAGCAGUGGAGAACAUCAUCAACCUGAUACAGGACAAUACACAAUCCCAUGGAAGAGGUUUUGGUGAGUUUGGUGAGGAGACAGAUGCAGCACCUGGGCUUAUGAAAAGUAGUAGCCCAGAUCUCCUCAGGGAUCUGUUGAAGCAGGAGGCUCUUCAUUCAGGUAAAACUAGUCCGGAGGAAGAGGAAGGGGAACCCCUCCAUGAAGAAACCCCUCCAUCUGAUAUGACCCAGAUUCAGUCUCGGCUUCUGCAGGUUCUUCAACGUGUAUCCUCAAGCCAAGACCCUGCCAUGUUCAGAGAUGUGAUAGGAACCUUGAGCAGUAUUCUGGGCGGUGCUCCUCACGAGGACAGGCCACACAACCUGGAGAUCAUCCAGGAGGAGGGCUCAUCAGAUGAGGCUGAAUGUGCUGUGGCAGAUUCCAUGGAAGCUCCUGACCUAUGUCAAUCUACAGAGGUUGAAACCAUUUCAGACACAGGCAAUGCUGAAGCAGUUCAAUCUAAAGUCAAGCAACAGUACUCCACCCAGGAUUAUCUGGAGUGUGUGGGCAGACUUCAGGAUCAUGCAGAUGUUCUAGAAGAGAUCAGGAAUGUCCUGUCAUCCCAGCAGGGCUCUCUGAGUAACAAUAUGGAGGAGUUACACAGUCAUCUGGAUGAAUCUCAGUCGUUGGAAGCACAUCUCUCUACACUGGCUGGCUUUCUGACCAGAGAUCUGGACAUAACCAAGCAGCUGUUAAAGUCUGCCAGUGAGCUCGUUCCCACGCAUAUCCACCAAGAUCUGGCUUCAGCCUUUCGAGAGUUGCAGACAGUUUUUGCAGACAUUUGCCAGAUGUCUGCAGAAAAUAAUUAUGCUCUAAGGCUGGCUAUUGAUACAGGAAAGGCCCAGUUGAAGUCAACAUACCAGGAUCUCCUCAGUACCCUUGAUAGACUAUCAGGCUGUAUUUAUGACAACUCUGAGAUGGCCUGCAACCUCGACAUCCUGAACACAUUUGACGUGGACACAGUGAAAGACAUGAUCCAAAAGAAUAAGGGCAUGGAGACUAAUCUGUCAGUGACCCACAGACAUCUGGAGGACACUGCGUUUGACAUCCAGUACUUUAUCUCAGAGCAUGCCCAGUUCCUGAGUCCGGCCCAGAGCAGGCACCUCCUCAAGUCUCUCAGCGCCACCCAGAGGGCGUUUAAGGAACAGACGGAGAGGGUGGCCAAACAGAGACGCACCCUGGAAUCCCACCUGGAGAUCAGAGAGGACGAGAGUCAGCAGAAGUACAUGGAGGACAAAGAGAAGGUGUUCUCAGACAAGCUGCAGGAGCUGUGUGACAACCUGACCAAUACAGAGAACCGUCUGAUAGGCCAUCAGCAGCAGACCAAGGGUGCAGCAAGUGUGGAAGACCUGCAGCACGUGCAGCAAGAGCAUCAGGCCUUGCAGAAAGACAUCUUGACCAAUGGCAGUGCCUUGAAUGAGGUCAUCAGUAGCACCAAGAAGUUUCUGGAUGAGAAUCGGUCUAAGCUGACCCCAGAUCAGAUCAUUGCCAUCGAGAGCAAGCUGGAGGACGCCAAGAGCAAGGUCAAACUUAUCAACCAACGGGCCGAGGAGUCAAGGAAAGACCUGGAGAAGUCUGUGACCACUGCUAUCAAACAGGAGACUGAGAAGGAGGUUGCUGUUGAGCAGCUUGAGGAGAGCAAGAACAAGAUUGAGAGUCUGCUGGACUGGAUCAACAACAUGGGGAAUGAGAAAGGGAUGGGGGGCGAACAGACAGACCAUAUGGGCAUACAGAACGGGAACAUGCCGUUGGAGUCGGAGACAUCGGCCAAGAACAUUCUGGGUGAGGAUGAUGACCCCAAUGGAAACAAUGGAAACGCUUUCCAGACUACAGAGAACGACACUGAAGGACAGGCCACAGUGAAGACUCCAGAACAGGACCUGGAAAAGCAGUAUGACAGAGUCAAGGCUCGUCACCAGGAGAUCUUGUCCCAGCAACAGGAGCUGAUCAUGGCCACCCAGUCAGCCCAGGCUCUGCUGGACCACCAGGCCCAUGCCUUGUCGCCCACGGAUAAGGACAAGCUCCAGAGGGACAUCCAGGAGCUGAAAGGACGGUACGACUCUUCCCUUACCCAGGCAGAACAGCAGAUGAAGCAGGUGGUCCAGGUUCAGGAGGAGCUGAAGAAGUUCCAGGGAGACUGUGAGGAGUUUGAGGGCUGGCUGCAGCAAGCCGAGGGGGAGGUGGAGGAGCUGGGAGCCCCUGCUGGAGCUCUCAACGACCUCACAGAGAAGCUCCAGAGACAGAAGAGCUUCUCUGAGGACGUCAUCUCCCACAAGGGAGACCUGCGGUUCAUCACCAUCUCAGGACAGAAGGUGUUGGACGUGGCGAAGGCCUGCGGACGCUUGGACCCUGGUGGGAAAGAUGCCCAGCUGGAGGUGGAUACCACUGCAACCUGUGCUGCUGUGAAGGAGAAGCUGGACUCAGCUGCUGGUCGCUUCAAAGCCCUACACUCUCAGUGCAAUGAUCUUGGCAACAAUCUCAGAGACGUGGUGGACAAGUACAAGAAGUAUGAGGACUCGGCUGCUGGUCUCCUGAAGUGGCUCAACAACUCAGAGGAGGACGCCAGAAGGCAGCAGUCUGAGGCCAUCGCUGCCGACCCUCAAACCCUACAGAAACAGCUGGAGGACACCAAGGGUCUGCAGGGUCAGACUACUGGUCGCCAGACUGCGGUGGAGACACUCCGCAAAACAGCUGACUCUCUGGUCACCGCCCAGGGGGACCUGUUGACCAAUCAGGACCAUAUCCAUGAAACAGUAGAUGAUAUUGUGGAGAGGUAUGACAACCUGUCUAAGUCAGUGAGUGAUCGUAAUGAGAAGCUUCAGAUCACCCUGACCCGCUCCCUGAGUGUCCAGGAUGGCCUGGAUGAGAUGAUGAGAUGGAUGGAGGGAGUAGAGGAGAGUGUGAAGGAGAAAGGACAAGUCCUUCUGGAUUCAGCAGCCAUUGGAGAUGUGCUCAGCAAAGAGGCAGCUCUGGAGCAGGAUAUUUCCAGUCGCCAGAGCAGCAUCUCUGCCAUGAAGGCCAAGGUUAACAAGUUUGUGGAGACAGCUGACCCCGCUGCAGCGGCUCUGCUGCAGUCCAAAAUGGACACCCUGUCUCAACGCUUCUCUGACGCCUGUGACAAACACAAAUACAAGCAGUGCCAGCUGGAGCAGCUGAAGGACAAGGUGGAGGAGUUUGAGAAGACAACGGAGAAGGUGCAGCAGUUUGUGCUCAAGCGCUCUCAGGCCCUCUCUGAAACAGACGGACCAGGGAAAAACGUCAACGAGCUCUCGCAACUCAUGCAGGAUACUAACACUGAGUUGGCUGAACAUGCCAAGGAUGUGGAAAUGCUGCAGAUGCUGUCAAAGGAACUGGCCAAUAUGGGUCCAGAGGGAAGCAAGGCCCAGAUUCAGAGCAAGAUGGACAACCUCUCCAACACCUUCAAUGCCUUCAAAAACACUGUGAAAGAGAAAGAGGAGGAGGUGUCUUCCUGCCAGGACCAGCUGGGAGACUUCAGGGCUGCAGCCGGAGCUCUCAGGACGUGGCUGGAGGAGACGACAGAGAAAGUCCCUGUGGUUCAGCCAACCAGCAGUGAACAGAGUCUAGCAAAGGACCUGCAGAGAGUCAAUGCUCUAAUGGAGGAAUGGACAACCAAAGGCUCUGCUGUCCAAGAUAUAAAUAGCAAAGGAUCUGCACUAUGUAGCCUCAUCAGUGUUCUCACAUCACCAGCCAAGACCAAGAUGUCGCAUAAGUCAGCUGUUACUAACAGUGAUGGCCCAGGAAACCAUGCCUACCUAACCAAUAAAGAGCUGAUGGUGGUACAGCAAAACAUGUCGUAUAUCAACGAGGGCCACAAGAGUCUGGGAGAAGUGCUGAAGGGCCGGGCUGCAGAGCUGUCUGUCCUGGUGCAGGAGGUGACAGAGGUCCAGAAGGAGACAGACACCAUGAUAACAUGGCUGCAGGAUAUGAAGAAGACAGCAGCAUCCUGGAACUCUGCGUCCACAGAGAAAGACACCAUGAAAACACAACUGGAGCAGCAGAAGGCCUUUGAGGAAGACAUGAAACAAAAGCGCGAGCAGCUCCAGAAGCUGAGAGAGAAGCUUCUCCAUCUGAUUGAGAAACACCCAGACUCUCCUGAAGCAGCAAAAUGGAAGCAGAUGCUGUCACAGAUAGAUGCUGCCUGGGCGGAUGUGAGCGGGUCGGUGGAGGACAGGAAGCAGUGUCUGGAGGAGUCCAACAGGAACCUGGACGUGUUCCAGACCACUGAGACGCAGCUACGCCAGUGGCUCUCAGAGAAGGAUAUGAUGCUCAGUGUCCUGGGGCCCCUCUCCAUGGACCCCAACAUGCUCAACACACAGAAGCAGCAAGUCCAGAUCCUCCUGAACGAGUUUGACAGCCGUAAGCCACAGUUUGACCAGCUUCACGAGGCUGCUGCUGCUAUCCUGAGCACAUCAGGCAAGCAGGACCCCUCCUCUGGUGGGAAGGUGGUGAAGGAUCAACUGGCCACCAUCACCCAGAAAUGGCAGGGCCUGACUGGGCAGCUGGGCCAGAGAGCCGGCCUCAUCGACCAGGCCGUGGGGAAGUCGAGCCAGUUCCAGGAUCUGCUGAUGAGCCUGAGCCAGAGCGCCGCCUCACUGGAGACCCGGCUCAACAGCCAGCAGGCCCUUAGCAGUCAGCCUGACGUGGUGAAGAAGCAGCUGGAGGAGGCUAACACCAUCUCUGGCCAGCUGAGGGAGGAGAGGAAGAGGCUAAAAGAGGCUGAGACCCUCUGCUCUGAGCUUUCUACCCUGGUCACGGAGGACUACCUGAAAGCAGGCCUAGACAGGCAGCUGGAGGGGGUCAACAAGCCUUUCAAACAGUUGGAGGACAAAGCAGGGAAGCGGAUCCAGCAGCUGAACUCCACCUUUGCAAGCUCCCAGCAGUUCCACCAGACCUCCAAAGACUUCCAGGGGUGGAUGAACGAGAAGCUCGAGGAGCAGUCUAAACUCCAGGCCAUCUCGGCCCAGGUGGAGACCCUCCGGCAGAGCCUGGAAGAACAGAGUGCCUUGCAGAAGGCCCUCAGUGAACACGAGGAACCGUACAGCACCAUCAUCAGGGAGGGAGAGACCCUCCUCCAGAACACUGACGGGGCAGAGAAGAUGGCGAUGCAGGGCCAGCUGGCUACACUGCGUUCCAACUGGGACGAUGUGAAGAAGAGCUCGGCUGAGCGCCAGGAUAAGCUCCAGGGGGCACUGCAGAGGGCCCAGAAGUAUCACGAGCACGCUGAGAAGCUCCAGUCCUGGGUCCAGGAGUGUGAAGCUAGGGAGGGCAGCGUCAGGCUCAGCGUGGACCCAGCAGAGGUGGAGAGCUCCAUCUCCCAGCUGACGGCCAUCCAGAAGGACGUGGACAAACACAGAGGCCUUGUGGAGCAGCUGAACACUGCAGCCGACAGCCUCCUGGAGGUGGCCAACGCAGACACAGAGACCGUCAGGGAGGAGAAGGCGGCCAUCGGCCAGAGCGUGGACCGGGUCACAGAGGGGGUCCAGAACAAGAGGGAGUCUCUGGAGAAGAUCUCACAGAGGCUGAAAGAGUUCAACGACACCCACAAUGAUGCCAAGGGCCAGCUGGCAGGGGCUAAGAAGCAGCUAGAUGCCCACACAUCACUGGGGGUCCAGGCCUACAGCAACAAGAACCUGACCAACAUGAAGGCCCAGCAGAAGAGCCUGGAUGGAGUCAACACCCAGGUUGAGCACCUGAAGAGCCUUGCCCAGGGCCUGGUGGCUGAUGUCCCCGAGGCAGACGGGGUGACCGACCUCCUACUGCAGGCCGACAGCCUGGAGAAAGAGCACGGCUCCCUCAGCAAGGAUGUAGGGGAGACCUGCUCCACCUUGGAGGGCAAGCUGCAGGGCAUCGGGCAGUUCCAGACCAACAUCCGCGAGAUGUUCACCCGCUUCGCAGACCUAGACGACGAGCUUGACAGCAUGGCUUCUGUGAGUCGUGACCUGAUCACCCUUAAGGAGCAGCAGGGCGGCAUCAAGGACUUUGUGGAGAAACUGCAGGAGCUGAUGGCCGACACGGCUCGAGGAGGGGACAGCUGUAAGAAGAUGCUGGAGACUGAGGCCUCCCCAGACCUGCUGGGGCUGAAGAGAGACCUGGAUGCUCUGAGUAAGCAGUGUGGCAAGCUGAUGGACAGAGCUAAAGGGAGAGGGGAAGAGGUGGGGAGCACACUCACCCGUCUGGAUGAGCUUUACUCCAAGCUACAGCAGUUCACCAACAAACUGGGCGGGGCUGAGGUCAAGGAGGAAGGUCAAGGGUCAGUUGGCAUGGAGACUGAUGUCAUCAACCAACAGCUGGAAGCUUUCAAGGUAUUCCAGAAAGAGGUUGAUCCACUGCAGAGCCAGUUGCAAGACAUUAACUGGCUGGGCCAAGGCUUGAUCCAGAACGCUGACAAAGGUACCAGCACCAAGGGCCUUGAACUUGACCUGGAGGAUGUCAACACACGAUGGAACACUCUCAACAAUAAGAUUGCUGAGCGGUCAGCGCAGCUGCACGAGGCCCUGUUGCAUUGUGGGAGAUUCCAGGAUGCUCUGGAGUCCCUACUCAGCUGGCUGACGGACACGGAGGACCUGGUGUCCAAUCAGAAACAUCCGUCUGCCGAGUUCAAAGUUGUCAAGGCACAGAUCCAGGAGCAGAUACUCCUCCAGAGGCUGCUGGAUGACCGCAGGCCCACGGUGGAGCUGAUUAAGAAGGAGGGAGGGAAGGUUGCGGAGCUGGGAGCAGAGUCCGUGGACAAGGAGAAGGUGGGGAAGGAGAUUGAGUGCCUGGGGCAGAGGUGGGACGCUCUGCUGAAGAAGGCUGAGAACAGGCACAAACAGCUGAAGAGCAUUCUGGUUGUGGCUCAGCAGUUCCAUGAGACACUGGAGCCGCUGUCUGAGUGGCUCUCUGCCACAGAGAAACACUUGGCCAAAGCUGAACCUAUUGGCACACAGACCUCCAAGCUGGAAGAGCAGAUCUCCCAGCACAAGGUAUUAGAGGAGGAGAUAAUGGGUCACAGUAAAGAUCUGGUUCAGGCCGUCAGCCUGGGUCAGAUGCUGAAGCUAGUCAGCUCAGUGGACGAUAAGGAGCUGGUGCAGUCUAAGCUGGACUCCAGCCAGGCUAGUUAUGUAGAGCUGCAGGAGCGCUGUAGGAGGAAGGCUGAGAUGCUGCAGCAGGCUCUGGCCAACGCCCAGCUCUUUGGAGAAGACGAGGUGGCCCUCAUGAACUGGCUCAACGAAGUGCACACUAGGCUGAGCGAAGUGUCUGUCAAAGACUACAAGACGGACGUGCUGGAAAAGCAGUGUGCAGAACAGCUGGCCCUACAUGAAGACAUUGAGUUGAGGAAGCAGAAUGUUGAUCAAGCCAUUUCUAAUGGAUUGGAGCUGCUGAAACAAACAACAGGUGAUGAGGUGGUUGUCAUCCAAGGCAAGUUGGACGGGAUAAAGAUGAGAUACGCUGAGAUCAACUCCAUGAGUGAUAACGUGUCUAAGACCCUGGACCAGGCCCUGACCCUGGCCUCUAAGCUUCAGCACACACAUGAAGACCUCAGCUCCUGGCUGAAGAAUGUCGAGGCUGAGCUCACCGCCUUCACUGCUCAGGCGCCUGUAGGAGAGCAGCUUGUUCAGGCACAAGACAGGCAGAAGGCAUUGCUGAAAGAGGCCAGGGAUCACAAGCCCCAGGUGGACAAACUCAAUGAGGUGAGCAGCUCUCUGCUGGAGCUGGUCCCUUGGAGGGCCCGGGAGGGCCUGGACAAGAUAGUGACAGAGGACAACGAUCGCUACAAGGCCACCAGCGACACCAUCGCACAUCACGUGGAGCAGAUAGAUGCCGCUAUACUGAAAUCACAGCAGUUUGAACAAGCAGCUGACACUGAGCUAGCCUGGCUUACUGAAGCAGAGAGGAAGAUGUUGUCAUUGGGGGAGAUCAGGCUGGAACAGGACCAGACCACUGUCCAGCUCCAGGCCCAGAAGGGCUUCUCCAUGGACAUCAUGAGACACAAGGAUGCCGUGGAUGGAAUUGUGAAAACAGGCCAGGCCAUCAUGAACAGCAAGGAUGAGGAGGAAAAGCAAGCCUUGAAGGCCAAGAUCCAGGCCCUCCUGGAGAAGUAUGUUGUUGUCAGUCAGCUGAACUCGGAGCGCUGCCUGCAGCUGGAGCGAGCCCAGUCUCUGGCCAGCCAGUUCUGGGAGACUUACGAGGAGCUGUGGCCCUGGCUCCAGGAGACCCGCACCAGUUUCAGCCAGCUCCCACUGGCGUCCAUCGAGUACGAAGCUCUCCGACAGCAACAGGAGGAGCUCAGGCAAAUGCGAGAGCUGAUUGCUGAGCACAAGCCCUACAUCGACAAGAUGAACAAGACAGGUCCCCAGCUACUGGAGCUGAGUCCUGUGGCAGGGGUGGCUAUCAGGGAGAAGUACACAGCCACAGACCAGCUGUACGCCCAGCUCAAGGCUGACGUCAAACAGAGGGCCUUCACUCUGGAUGAGGCCAUCUCCAAAUCCACACAGUUCCAUGACAAGAUCGAGCCCAUGCUGGAGUCCCUGGAGCGGAUCGCUGAGCGCCUGCGCCAGCCUCCCUCCAUUUCUGUGGAGGUGGAGAAGAUCAGGGAGCAGAUCACUGAGAACAAGGUUGUGUCGGCGGACCUGGAGAAACUGCAGCCGUCCUACGACACGCUCAAGCAGCGCGGCGAAGAGAUGAUCGCUCGCUCAGCGGGAGCUGACAAGGACAUAUCUGCUAAAGCUGUGCAAGACAAGCUGGAUCGGAUGGUGUUCACCUGGAAUGAGAUCCAUGCCCUGAUGGAGGAGAGGGAGGCCAAGCUGCUGGAUGUAAUGGACCUGGCAGACAAGUUCUGGUGUGACCACUGUGCCCUCAUCGUUACCAUCAAGGACACCCAGGACCUGCUGAGGGAGCUGGAGGAGCCUGGAGUCGACCCUUCUGUGGUGAAACAGCAGCAGGAGUAUCUGGAGAGCUUCAAGGAGGAGAUUGACGGCCUACAGGAGGAGCUUGAUGUGGUGCGGAACCUGGGGGCGGAGCUUAUGGCUGCUUGUGGUGAACCAGAUAAGCCAGUCACAAAGAAGAGUAUUGAUGAGGUGAACUUGGCGUGGGAGACUCUGAACAAGGCAUGGAAGGAGAGAGUGGACAGACUGGAUGAGGCCAUGCAAGCUGCUGUACAGUUCCAGGAUGGCCUGCAGGGAAUGUUUGACUGGGUGGACAUUGUGGAGCACAAACUGGGUUCUAUGUCACCUGUGGGCACAGACCUGGACACUGUCAAGCAACAGAUAGAAGAACUCAAGGAGUUCAAAGGUGAGGCGUAUCAGCUGCAAAUGGAGAUGGAGCGACUGAACCACCAGGCGGGCCUGCUGCUGAAGAAGGUGACGGAGGAGUACGACCGUUGUGCCAUCCAGGAGCCCAUGACCGAGCUCAAAAUGCUCUGGGACAACCUGGAUGAAAAGAUCAUCAACAGACAGCACAAACUGGAAGGAGCGCUGUUGGCUCUGGGGCAGUUCCAGCAUGCGCUGGACGAGCUUCUGGCCUGGAUGAGCAACACUGAAGAGCUGCUCAACGAACAGAGGAAGGCUGUAGGAGACCCCAAGGCCAUUGAGAUCAAGCUCGCCAAGCACCAUGUCCUCCAGAAUGAUGUGUUGGCCCAUAAGUCCACGGUGGAGGCGGUCAACAAAGCCGGUACUGACCUGGUGGAGUCCACCUCUGGAGAGGAAGCCGCCGGCCUGCAGAACAAACUGGAGAACCUCACCCAGCGCUGGAAGAACAUCCUGGAGAAGACAGAGCAGAGGAGGAAGCAACUGGACAGUGCUCUGCUUCAGGCCCAAGGUUUCCAUGGCGAGAUCGAAGACAUGCAGCAAUGGCUGAAAGACACAGAGCGUCAGCUGUUAGCAUCAAAGGCUGUGGGAGGCUUACCAGACACGGCCCGCGAGCAGCUUAAUGCCCAUCUGGAGUUAUGUUCCACAAUGGAGGCUAAGGAGGAGCUGUACCAGCAGCUGAUGAACAAAGGUCAGCAGCUGCUCACCAUGACCCCGUCCGGCCAGGACAGCAACACAGAGCAGGACCUCUGUAACCUACAGGACAAGUGGGAGUCUGUACAGGCCAAGGUGGCUGAGAGAAAGGUGAAACUGGAGGAGGCUUUGGCUCUGGCCACAGAGUUCCAUAACUCCCUCCAGGACUUCAUCAACUGGUUGACCCAAGCUGAACAGACUCUCACUAUGUCCUCUCCUGCCUCCCUCAUCCUGGAAACCAUCCUGUUUCAGAUAGAUGAGCACAAGGUGUUUGUGACAGAGGUAAACUCCCACAGGCAGCAGAUCAUUGAGCUGGAUAAGACAGGGACACACCUGAAGUACUUCAGCCAGAAGCAGGACGUGGUAUUGAUCAAGAACCUACUGAUAAGUGUACAGGGCCGCUGGGAGAAGGUGGUGCAGAGGUCUGUGGAGAGGGGCCGUCUGCUGGACGACACCAGGAAGAGGGCCAAACAGUUCCACGAAACCUGGAACAAGCUGACAGAAUGGUUGGACGAUUCGGAGAAGGCUUUGGACUCUGAGCUGGAAAUCGCCAAUGAUCCUGACAAGAUCAAGACGCAGCUGGCCCAGCACAAGGAGUUCCAGAAGGUGCUGGGGAGCAAGCACUCAGUGUAUGACACCACCAGUCGUACCGGACGUGCCCUGAAGGAUAAGACGUCACUGCAGGACGAUAACCAGAAGCUGGACGACAUGCUGAGUGAACUGAGGGACAAGUGGGACACUGUCUGUGGCAAGUCAGUCGAGAGGCAGAACAAACUGGAAGAGGCGUUGCUGUUCUCUGGUCAGUUUACUGAUGCCCUGCAGGCCCUGAUUGACUGGCUGUACAGAGUGGAGCCUCAGCUGGCCGAGGACCAGCCAGUACAUGGAGAUAUAGACCUGGUGCUCAAUCUCAUCGACAGUCACAAGGUGUUCCAGAAGGAGCUGGGUAAGCGGACAGGGAGCGUUGCGGCCCUGAAGCGUUCGGCUAAGGACCUGAUUGAGAGCAGCCAUGAAGACUCCUCCUGGGUCAAAGCUCAGAUGCAGGAGCUGAGCGCUCGCUGGGAGACGGUUUGCGCUCGCUCAGUAUCUAAACAGACCCGGCUGGAACAGGCACUGAGUCAGGCUGAGGAGUUCCACUCUACAGUCCAUAUGCUGCUGGAGUGGCUGGCCGAGGCCGAGCAGAGCCUGCGUUUCCAUGGCACCCUGCCCGACGACGAGGAGGCCCUCGGGGCUCUUAUCGACCAGCACAAGGAGUUCAUGAAGAAACAGGAGGAGAAGAGAGUGGGCCUGAACAAAGCCACCAGUAUGGGGGAGGCUAUCUUGACCAUCUGCCACCCAGACUCUAUCACCACCAUCAAACACUGGAACACCAUCAUUAAAGCCCGCUUCGAGGAGGUCCAGGCGUGGGCGCGGCAGCACCAGCAGCGCCUGGCCAUAGCCCUCAGUGAUCUGCUGGCCACUAAGGAACUGCUGGAGGGUCUUUUGGGCUGGCUGCAGUGGGCUGAGACCACACUCAAUGACAAGGACAAGGAGGUCCUGCCUCAAGAGAUAGACGAGAUCAAAGCCCUCAUCGCUGAACACCAGACAUUCAUGGAGGAAAUGACCAGGAAGCAACCAGAUGUUGACAAGAUCACCAAGACACACAAGAGAAAGGCUGUGGUCGGGAGCGAGCCUGCCAGCCAGUCCCAUAUCCCUGUCCUGGAGAAAGGAAGAGGUGGAAGAAAGCGUUCUCCCACACAAGCCAUGUACCCAUCUUCACAGCCUCCCAUAGAGACCAAGAACCCCAGGGUCAACCUAUUGGUAAGCAAGUGGCAGCAGGUGUGGCUACUGGCCCUGGACAGGAGGAGGAAACUCAAUGAUGCCAUGGACAGACUUGAGGAGCUGAAGGAAUUUGCCAACUUUGACUUUGAUGUGUGGCGGAAGCGCUACAUGCGAUGGAUGAACCAUAAGAAGUCGCGUGUCAUGGACUUCUUCAGACGCAUUGACAAGGACCAGGAUGGAAAGGUCACCAGACAGGAAUUCAUAGAGGGCAUUCUCUCCUCCAAAUUCCCCACCAGUCGGCUGGAGAUGAGUGCGGUGGCAGACAUAUUUGACCGGGAUGGUGACGGCUAUAUUGACUACUAUGAGUUUGUGGCUGCCCUUCACCCCAACAAAGAGGCAUACAAACCCCUCACAGAUGCAGACAAAAUUGAAGAUGAGGUUACACGCCAAGUGGCAAAAUGCAAGUGUCCUAAACGAUUCCAAGUUGAGCAAAUUGGUGCCAACAAAUACAGGUUCUACCUUGGAAAUCAGUUUGGUCUGGUUCACUGCUUACAUGACGAUGAGAUUAUAACAAGCAGGGACAGUCAAAAUCUAACCCCCCACCUACACGUUGCGGUAUUGGAAAGCUGUAUUCUGUUCGGAGACUCUCAGCAGCUGCGUCUGGUACGGAUCCUACGGAGUACUGUGAUGGUGCGCGUGGGUGGAGGCUGGAUGGCUCUGGAUGAGUUCCUGGUAAAGAACGAUCCGUGUCGAGUUCAUCACCACGGGAGUAAAAUGUUGCGCUCGGAAUCAAACUCUUCAAUUACUCAGUCUCCUAUAGGUUGGCAACAAAUCUCACACUUUCUCACCUUGCUCCAUGAACCCCCCAGUGCCAAAGGAAGGACAAACAUGGAGCUGCGAGAAAAGUUCAUUCUCCCAGAAGGCACCACUCAGGUGAUGGCCAGCUUCCGGUAUAGAGGUCGUAGGUCGCGGCCGUCGUCACGGGCUGCCUCUCCCAACCGGUCAAACUCUAACCAUAGCUGUCCGGCCCAGCAUAAUAACCCAGCCUUGACCAGCACACCCAAGACUCCCCAACACAUAACCCGCAAUUAUGAUAAACCCUGGCUGACAAACAGCAAACCCUCCAGUCCUCUAAAAUCAUCAGACUCCUUUGAGAGCCAAGGUUCAUCCUCCGAGAGCAUCCCGAUACAGGGAAGCAAACUGCGGCUCCCUGGAUACUUGUCAGGAAAAGGGUUCCAGUCGGGAGAAGAGCAGGGAACCCUGAUCAAUGCUGCUGUGAUGAAAGCACGGGGGCAGGCAAUAGGCUUUGAAUCGAGAAGACCCGGCAGCCGACCUGGAAGUAAAGCAGGUAGCCGAGGCAGCAGCCGGAGGGGAAGCGAUGCUUCAGACUUCGACAUCUCCGAUAUCGCAUCGGUGUGCUCCGACACGUCGGAGAUGGUGGGUGACACCAGUCGGGCCACACCCCGCUCAUCGUCACGUCAACACGGAGGCAAGCCUUCCAAAAUCCCCACUCCGCAAAGGAGGUCGACCCCCAGCAAACUGGCCAAGACCUCCAAGAGAUAGUCAUUUUCCUUGAGACAACUACGGUAGCCCCGUUGGCCCAAAGUGGCCUCCUGGUUCCACAAGACGUAUGGAGACUGGAGACACAUGAACUGACACUAGAGACUGGUGUAUGUGUUAAUUAUUUAAAGUGUUGCGAAGAUGUUAAAUAUUCUGUUGAGAGAGAAAAUGGUUUAAUAUUAAGUGAGAAUGGAAUGUCAAUGGCCUUGUGUAUUUGUCUUAAUGUAUUUUAUUUUCUGUGAAUAAUGUCAAAUUAAUAUGAUCAUUUUAUUUUAUUGACGCUAAACCUGAAGAGGUACAAAAAGCUGAAAGGAAAAAAAACAUGGAAAAGACUACAUUGUAUGGUCGUUCUAACACUUUUACACACUAAUGAAUGGUAACGCACAGCAUUGUGCUCUGAGAGAGUUACUGAAUGUACUGUAAUUUCUGUAUGCUGACAUGCGUGUGACAGACGGUGCAUCACGCUACUCUGUGGGACACCAAUGAUCUAUUAUCUAUUUAAAGUGCAAUGAUGUACUGCCAAAAUAUGCAUUUAAAGGGCAAUACAAUAUACAUGUAGCCUACCACAUAGUAAACACUGCAAAUAAUGAUGUUCUGACAGAGAAGACCGUUGAAGGCAAGUUCACGCAGAAACCCCUCAAUAUCCAGGCUUUAAAAUACUUCAACUUUCCUUAGUACCUGCAGGUAAUACUGUUUUGUUUGGUCAACUUACAGUGAUGUGUGCCAUUUUACCUUGAAGAGGGGCCUCCCGGGGCCCUGAGUAGACAUUCUUUAGUGCAUCAUCAUGUCAGUGUAUGGUUCAUUUUGCUGGAGUGGAAAGGAUUACUGUAACCUUUUUGUAAUAAAUUUGCUUGCAGAAAGCUACCAUGGAAUACUGA